AUACCUUACAUAACUCCCUAAGAUGGGACUUGCAGAAAUGUAAUCAAAGCCAUGUCUUCCCCAAUGAGGUCUGUGAUGGUCCUAUCAUGUCCUUCUCCUUGAUAUUUCCGCUUUCAACGUCAUUAUUUUCGUGACUUUUCUAUCGCUGACACAGCACCUUUCUAACACCCAAUGUUCAACCAUAUAUAUUGAGUCUUGAUCCUUCACCAACAUCAGCAUCAACCCCGCAAGCCUCGUUCUUCACCUGAUAGCAAUCUGCCUAAUCGAAGUCACAGUACGUUCGAAGCCUCUGCCCCAUGAGCGCGGCCACCGCCGUAAGAUCUAUCCGAGCGUCUUCCCCACUCUACAAAAGCGCCCUCUCCCCACGCCUUUCGUCUUCCAGUCACUCCGCAUCCAGAUUCUUCAGUACCAGUCACUCGCGCGUUGCCGCCAAUAUGACGACCGGUACCUUCAAGUACAUUGACCGCACCUCCUUUGUCGACAGCGACGUUCCUUUCGUCAAGCCGUGGGCGAAAGUCGACGGUCCAGGUUACUCCUUCAAGCUCAUCGACUACCAACGCCCAGUCGAGAACCUGCGCGGACAAGAGCCGAACUUCACGACUGACAAUUCCGGUUUCGCUGUCUACAAUUAUCCCGCGCAAGAGAAGUCCUUCACAGAUGACGCUGCGGUCCGAGAAGGGUACUACGCCGAAGUCGAAAAAUUAGUCCGCGACAAACUCCCAGGCGUGAAAAAGGUGGUAAUAUUCGACCAUACAAUUCGCCGUCGGGAAAAGGCCUCACCCCGUCAGCCGGUGCAGCAGGUUCACGUCGAUCAGACACCCCGUGCCGCUGAGGCCCGUGUGCGACGCCAUUUGCCCGCCGAUGAGGCUGAAGAAUUGCUCAAAGGCCGCUACCAGAUCGUUAACGUCUGGCGACCAAUCGGCCACAAGGCUUCAGACUUUCCACUGGCGCUCAUUGAUUGGAGAUCGACCUCGCCGGCAGACUUUAUCAAAGUCGAUCUACUCUACCCCAAGAGACAAGUAGCGAACAAUGACGACGACGAUCGGGGCAAAGAAGUUCUACCAGAUCCCAACUCAGCCAGUUCCACUGAGGGUUACGAAGUCAAAGGAGAGACCUAUAGCGUGGCACCCAACGAGAAUCACAAGUUCUACUACAUGAAAGAUAUGACGCCCGAGGAGGUCAUGUUCAUCAAGUGUUUCGACUCGCGCAGCCAGAUCAUGGGCGGCAAGCAAGGUCUGGCCGAUGGCACUCCUCAUACAGCGUUUGUCGAUCCACAAACCCCAGCAGAUGCUCCUGGACGACAGAGCAUUGAGGUGAGAUGUUUGAUCUUUUACGAAUAGACGCUAUCUUCACGUAUAUUUUGUGAGCGUGUCAUUUUCGCCUUUAUCAUAGCUGGCGGUGGUCUCGGAGUGGUCAUUCGGUCUAUAUACAUGGUCUAAAAUAUACAUAUUCCGUACA